ACUUUGACACCAACUACCACUACCACUUCUCCCGCAUCCCAAUCUCUCCACAAAGACGAGUAGACGACCGACGAACUUCUCCACCAACACGCAAAACAAGUCUUCGAUUACCAAUUCAAUUUUCUCUCUCCUAGGGUUUUACACUCACCAAGCUUAACCCCCUUUCAAUGGAAGCAACAACAUCCUCGAUUUCUCCGGCAACAGAUGACGGUCCUUCGACUUCCUCAACGAUGUCGUCUGGUGGUCCGUCGAGAUCGCCGGAAGUUGUGUGGUCGGAAAAUACGCCGGAGCUUGUGCACCAGCAAUCGAGCAUGUCGUAUCGUGUUCGGCACCCGCAACGUCGGAUGCCAUCGUCGGCGGUGAUCGAAGACCCGCCUGCUGAUGAUAGUUUGUCUUGUGUUAUCGUUAUCCUCACAUUUUGGUUUUUUGUGUCUAUGACACUCAUUAUGGGUAUCUUUGGAUCAGAAAACUUACAAGUUGGGCCAUGUAGCUCAAUUCUUUUACGGCCUAACCCAUUAUUUGUACAUACGUUAAAGGUGGAAACAUCAAAGUCGAUGAAUGUUGCUCCAGUUCUUUAUGGGCUUUACAAAACUCCUCCUCUAGACAUCACAAAGAUGUGGUCUGAAUCUGUGAAUACUUCAAUUAAGACGGAGUCUCACAAGGAAUGGAUAUAUUUCUUAAAUAAGGGGUCGCAGAUCAAUAUAUCAUACAAUAUCGAAAGCUCAUCUUCUUUAUUGCUCAUAGUAGCGAAAGGGAUUGAAGGUCUUGCUGGGUGGCUUGAGGACCCUUCAUAUCCAGACAGCAGUUUAUCAUGGAAUGUCAUACACGGAAGUGGUUCUAUCAGACAGGAUAUAUCAAGAUCUUACGACUAUUAUGUUGCUGUUGGAAACCUUAACACCGAGGAAGUUGAGAUGCUGGAGGCGGGACCGCGGGAGGCCUGGAGCAAUUUCAACAGCAUAAGAACUUUAAGCAGAUGUCUUAUUAUAUCUUACCAUGUCAAAUUGAACUUCUCAAUAAAAUCUUCCAUGCAUGACAUUGAAGAUUCGUAUUACAAGUGUAAUUUGACUCGAGGUUGGUGCAAUUUAAAGAUUCCCUUCCCAGGUGGAAUUGCUGCUUUAUUGACCACUCCGGGACCAAUUGAGGGUACUGGAAGCAACAGAGGGGCUGUUAAACUCUCCUACGAACCACGCUGGAUGACGUAUUUUCUUGGUAUAGGUGGGUUGACGUCCAUUAUGUUAUGGACAUUCAACUACUUGAACAGAGUCAGACGCAACAUGGAAGAUACCGCUGAAAACCAAUCAGGGGACUUGGGACCGGAGAGAGCUCCCCUGCUGUCUCAGAAAGAUGAUGAAGUCUCUAGCUUGGGCUCAUCUUAUGAUUCUGGUUCACAAAAUGAUGAGGAAACCCAAGAGGACUUGGAAGAAGGAUGUAGGCGACUCUGUGUUAUUUGUUUUGAUGCACCUAAAGAUUGCUUCUUCAUUCCUUGUGGUCACUGUGCAUCUUGUUUUACAUGCGGGAUAAGGAUCGCUGAAGCCGCUGGUACUUGCCCUAUUUGUCGGCGUAAGAUGAAGAAAGUUAGAAGGAUAUAUACUGUCUAAUGUGGGAUUAGCAUACAAUCACUCAUAUUGGAAUUGGGUAGCUUGAGAAGUGAUGUUCUCAUUUCAGCCUCUUUCGAUUGCCAUUGAUUGGGAAAAAAUUUACCUGUCAUUGGGGAACACUAGGUGAACGGUCCAGCCUUCUUAUUUUUUCUUGGCUACCAUUUACCAUUCACCAUUUCAUGUCAUUAUAGUUCCUCAGAUGUAAACAAAUACUUGUAAAUCGUUAUGGGGGUCCGUUAUCGGCCGGAGGAAGAGGGUGAAGCUGCUUUGCAGUUGAUUAUAAUUCCCUAAUUUACCGCUUGGAAUUUUCUUUUUCCCUGUUGUGUACAGAGUUAGUUUUGACAGUCUAUUGUGUAUAAUGCUGUAUAUGUUAAUUUGCAUUAUAAUGUAAACACUAUUGUUUUCUUUGGUUCA